AUGGAUGCAGGCGGUGGGGGCUUGUUCCGAACAGAUGGAGGGAUCAAGGUAUCCUCGGGCCUUGACAUUGACCCCGAAGUUCAGGAGGCUUGGUCGAGAGUUCGCGGUGGUGAGACCGCUUGGCUUCUUAUGACCUAUGAAGGGAAAAGCAAGCUGAAGCUGAUGGCCUCAGGGUCCGAUUCUGGCUCUGAGCUCCUUUCUUGCAUCCGAGAUGAUCAGGUGGUUUUCGGGGGACUCCGCACAAAGUCCGGCAAGUUCUGGUGCUUAAUGUGUACAGGCGCAGAUGUCGGCGGCCUUGCCAAGGGCCGUGCAGCUGCGCACAAGAAUGCUGCCUUCAACUCCUUGGAGGGAACCAUUGGCGAAGUCUGCGCACUGUCGAAGGAGGAGUUCGGUGAACAGCUCGAGAAACUGGACUUCUGA